AUGACGGAGACGGCGCCGGAACAGGCACCGGAAGCGAUCACAGUCGUGGCAACGGAAACUGAGCGGAUAGAGAUGUCGAGGGAAGUGGAUGAUGAAGAGGAGGAGAAAAUACGCCGUCAGAAGAAGCUUGAAGAAGCUCUCGAGGCCAAAUCUCUUCGCCGCAUUAUCAGUGCUUACCUCAAUUAUCCUGAGGCUUCGGAAGAGGAUGUGAAAAAAUGGGAAAGAUCAUAUCGGAAGCUGUCUCCUGCACACAAGGCACUUGUACCCCAUUACCCUAUGAAGUUUCAGAAAUUAAGAAGGUGUAUAUCGAUGAAUUCAUAUUUCAUAUUUAAUAUGCUUCAGGCUUUUGAGCCCCCUAUAGACUUGAGUCAGGAUCUUGAUGGUUGUGAAGACUCAAAUCUUGAUUGCACUCCAGAUGAGAAAUACAGGCUAGAUCAAAGGCAUGACUCCUCUUGUCAGCCUGCCGUGACCAAUAGUUGUACACAUCAGGAAGAAUGUAAACACAUGCGCGAGCCAAUAAAAGGAGUGCUGUCUAUUGAGGAGCCUCAAAGGAAGGAAGCUCAUGAUCAUUCCCCCAAGAAUCGCUCUGCAGACACAAGAAUUAAUAACCAGGCAUGUGAUUGUGAUGGAGGCCAGUUAAAUCAUGACCAUGGCAGUGUAUCAUUUUCAUCUCAUGAUUGGUUGGAUUCAUCAUUACAGACAUAUGUUCCUCUGGUUGAUGUAGAUAAGGUUCGUUGUAUAAUAAGGAAUAUAGUUCGAGACUGGGCAGCAGAGGGUCAGAGAGAACGAGAUCAAUGCUACAAGCCUAUCCUUGAAGAGCUUGAUUCCUUGUUUCCUGAUCGUCAAAAGGGGAGUACCCCUCCUGCUUGCUUAGUCCCUGGUGCUGGACUUGGACGGCUGGCCCUCGAAAUUUCUUGUCUAGGUUUCAUAAGCCAAGGAAAUGAAUUUUCAUACUACAUGAUGAUAUGCUCAAGUUUUAUUCUGAAUUAUUCACAAGUACCUGGAGAGUGGACAAUAUACCCUUGGAUACACAGCAACUGCAAUUCGCUCUCGGACAAUGAUCAACUACGUCCUAUUUCUAUUCCUGAUAUUCAUCCUGCUAGUGCAGGAAUAACUGAAGGUUUCUCUAUGUGUGGUGGUGAUUUUGUUGAAGUAUACAACGAGUCAAGUCAAGCAGGAGUGUGGGAUGCAGUUGUGACUUGCUUUUUCAUCGACACCGCUCAUAACAUCAUCGAGUACAUCGAAACCAUAUCAAAGAUCUUAAAAGAUGGAGGAGUUUGGAUAAACUUAGGACCUCUGUUGUAUCACUUUGCGGAUACAUAUGGCCACGAAAAUGAAAUGUCGAUCGAACUAAGUUUGGAGGAUGUAAGGAGAGUUGCUUCACAUUAUGGAUUUGAGAUUGAGAAAGAAAGAACAAUUGAAACAACGUACACUACAAAUUCCCGGGCUAUGAUGCAGAACCGAUACUUUGCUGCCUUCUGGACAAUGAGGAAGAAGAAGUGUGCAAAAUAA